GUUUUACGCACCGACCUCAGAGCACUCCCUUUUUUAUUCCACCAAAGCUCAGUUUGGAUAUUAAACCCAAAAAAACAUGGCAUUCUUGACAAGAAAUGAAGUUUUCUCCUGUUUUGUUUUCUACGCCGUGCUUCUGGUGAUAAAAAUGUACAUUCUAGCGAUAAUAACGGGACAAGUGAGGCUGCGUAAAAAGGCUUUUGCAAACCCCGAGGACGCGCUGAGGCACGGAGGGCUGCAGUUCCACCGAGAGGACCCGUAUGUGGAGAGGUGCCGGAGAGCUCAUAUUAACGACUUAGAGAACAUCCUCCCCUUCCUCUUCCUGGGUGCUAUCUACUCCAUGAUCGGACCUUCACUUCCUGUGGCCCGCCUCCACUUCCUGGUCUUCUUCCUGGCUCGUGUGCUGCACAGCGUGGCCUACCUGUUCGCCCUGCGAGCCCCCACCCGCUCUCUGGCCUACAUUGUGGCUCAGAUACCUUGUGUCUCCAUGGCUCUGCAGAUCCUUGUUGCAGUCGCAGCAUAUGCAUGAAAAUCCAGAAAAGGAGGGAUGAACUUGAGGAGUUUUCCUGGCAGGAGGGAUUGGGAUCUGAGACCUGUGUCAGAUUAAAAAGCAAGAAGAGGAGCAGGAUACCGGAGAGGCCUCCUGAGGGGAAGAGCAUUAAAGACAAGAAUGAGUGCAAUAAUAGGUGUGUGAUUACACCACAGCUGGGUUUUUGUGAGAUUUUAUCAGUAUUUUUAAUGUUGAAAUGUGAGAAUUUCUUAUUUGAAGUUGACAUCUUGUACUGUACUAUUUAAAAAAGAAAUAUGAAGGUCGUUUUUGUCUUUGUAACUAGAUUUUGUUGUAACCCCCUGAAGCCACUUUGCAAUAUUCCUCCCUGCAUCCAUUCUGUGUUUACACACAACACGGACCACCAUUCACGUAGUGCUGCACCCCCAUGGCUUCAGCUGCUUCCUUUGUGGAUACUCCAUCUGUUGUGUUAACAUUUUGUUUGUGUACUAUGUUCAACAAAAGCUUACGCAUGAUGACUGAAGAUGUGUUGAGAGAUUUAAGACCACUUUCACUGUGUGAGUCAAACUGUCUCUCAAGUUACAUCAAUUUAAAGAAAGGAAUCCUAUCACUGAGUUUGGAAUACAUCUCACAACAACCUGCAGAGAACAUAUGAAAUCAUUCUAUCUUUGAAAACACAUUUCAAGGCUAUUUUUAAAGUAUUGUAUUAGUAAUUUAUUAUUCAAUUUAAUGUAUACAGUUAUGUUUUUUAACCACUAUAUGCAUUCUUUUGGAGGCAAUAAAACAAUUAAC